AACGGCGGAUCUGAAAGAAAUGGUCCCAUUCAGGUCACCCCAAAGGAGUUGAUGGCCAAAAACGUCCCAACCACUCAACCUUGUCUUCCAGUCACGGCUUCGCCAGAGGCACUUUAGGGAAAGCUGCCCUCGGCCGAUCCUGUUGAUGAUAAUCUCUCUUGUUCAGCCGGUACCAAGGGUCCAAAUGACUAUGCACAUCUGUUCGAUACUCAGCGGAUCCCUAUGAAUGAUGGCAUCUCUCAGGGUCAAUCAAGGUCUCCACGACCGACAAUAACGCUUCCAUCGACUCUCUCAAGGCCGCAGAGUGUAGCAUCCAAGGCAGAAGAAAUUGCACAACGUUCUCGAGCAUCAAGUUUGAGACCUGUCAUGACGCCAGCUCGUCCGUCUGGUGGGAGUUAUGGCAGCUCGACGCCAUCGCAUGGAUCUAUCUCAAAACCAGUUGGAGUGAGAGCCAUGGCGGCCAUGUUUGAGAAUUCCUCCCAGGAGUCGCCUUACUUGUCUUUCCCUACAACUCCGCGCCCCUCUCGGACGAGUGUGACGGAUCUGGGUUUGUUCCAGUCCAAGCAAGAAAUCCCGUCGCUUGAGACGCCGGGAACGAAAGCAUCGGCAGUGAGUCUUGGAAGGGGGGACCCGGUAUCAAACAGUAGACUCUCGGACCACGAUGAUCAAUCGAUAAGUCAUAAUCUACGGUAUGUCACUGACAGCACCGGGUCUUUGACUGCUCCUAAAGCAACCAAUACUCACGGAGAUGCCGUUCAUCUUCACAGGCCAUCUCUGGCACAACUUCAGCGGACACCGUAUACCUCGGGGCGUAGGAAGUAUCCCUCAAAGGCGUAUGUCUUGGACGAUGACAAGAAUAUACCUAGUCUUGGGACGAUGACAAGUCCCGCUCAUCAGCCGCCCAUCGCACAGCAUGUCACAUUCCCCCGUCCCUCAUCCACACUAUCAGUGCGCCAACUAAACGAGGAUGGCGUUCCGGUGCGAGCAGGGAGCCCAGGAAAUAAUUCCAUGCUUCAUGCUCAAAUUCGGAGUCUUCAGAGGCAGCUGGAUGUCAAAAAUGAGGAGAACGCGUCUCUCCGGCGUCAACUUGAGACGAGAGAUAACUUGGACAUUGGAAUACUCAGUGAACAACUGCGAGUGUCAAAAAGAGAGUGUGCCAUCUGGAAAUCUCGUGCCGAAGCUGCAGAAAAACGAGUCUCGGUUCUUGAACACUUCACGCGUAAGCUGAAGGGUAUCAAAGGAGGAGAUGCGCAGAACGACACCGACGCUUCAUCGCAAAGCGGAAGAGACAGCAUUGAGACGGUGGCUACAGAGGAUGGAGAAGCUGUAGCGGAGAGAAUUAUGAAGGCUAUGAAAGGUAUGGCCGGAACAAGGAGCAGCGAUGGCGGGGCUGCAGCUUGGUGGAAUGACGACAGGCGUGGUAGUAACAUCCGGCACUCAGAAGGCCUUGAUGGACAUCAGCGGCCGAAUUUGACCGAGGAAGCAUUACUUCAAGUUUGGGAGGCGGCACAGGAGUUGCUAUUGAAGGAUGAUCAUUGAAAAUUGACGCGGGAGACCCAUAGGCCGGCUGUAUCAGGAUAUGGGCGUUGGGAAGCCUGAAGCAUGCAUUGGGGCUUGAUUAUAGACAUUGAGGUUGUCUGUGUAUCGAUAUGGUCUUACAUAUCCUACACUGACGAGUCGGUACGAAGCUAUAAUAGGGGUGUUGUCAUGAAGUCGUAGUAUUCAUGUUCUGCAAAAGGGGCUACCUAUAAGAACCAUCUCUGGCUGCCCAGUGCCUGCGGAAACCGAAAGUAGCAUAACGGG